AUGAAACUGAUUCAAGAACAGCUUAAAAUAGCUCAAAGCCGACAAAAGUCAUACACAGAUAUUAGACGCCGCGAUCUUGAGUUUAGAGAAGGUGAUUAUGUAUUUUUAAAGGUGUCUCCAAUGAAGGGCAUUAUGAGGUUUGGUAGAAAAGGGAAGCUUAGCCCGAGAUAUAUAGGGCCUUAUUCAAUUCUUGAAAGGAUUGGGCUUGUGGCGUAUCGUCUAGGUUUACCUCCAGAGUUAUCUUCACUACAUCCAGUGUUUCAUGUGUCCAUGAAAAAAUAUUUUCACUAUCCGAGUCAUGUAAUUGAUAGGCAUGACAGAGAGUUUAAUGAUACUCUGUCAUAUGAGGAGGUCCCUGUAGAUGUAAUAGACAUGCAAGUUCGUAGACUUCGAACUAAAGAUGUUGCUUCGGUGAAAGUAAUGUGGAGCAACCAUUCAGUUGAGAAAGCUACAUGGGAGCAAGAGGAAGCCAUGAAGGAAAAGUAUCCCUAUUUGUUCGAGUUUUGGAGGUGCAGCGCCGCAGAAGCGUCCAUGGAGCCGCAGAAGCGUCCAUGGAGCCGCAGAAGCGGUUUUGGCCAUGUCCAGCCGAUACCGCAUAGACGCGCAGAAGUGGAGGAGGAGCGCAGAUGCGGGCUCGCAUAA